AUGCGCCACAUUUAUGUUGUUGUUUGUGGCGGUAAGAUGGCGGCGCUCGGAGACACCUCAGCUCCGGGGGUGAAUGGGUUAAUACAACAAUUCACAGCAAUAACAGGAGCCACAGAGAGUGUAGGAAAACAUAUGUUGGAAGCAUGCAACAACAACCUGGAGAUGGCAGUGACCAUGUUUCUGGACGGAGGCGGGAUUGCAGAGGAGCCCAGCACCAGCUCCAGUUCAGCAGCUUCAAGCAGCAGAGCUCCCCCUUCAGAUGAAGUACGAGCACCCAUUCCCCAGAAACAGGACAUAUUGGUGGAACCUGAACCGUUGUUUGGAGUGCCAAAGCGAAGAAGACCUGCUCGAUCAAUAUUUGAUGGUUUCCGAGACUUCCAAACAGAAACAAUUCGUCAGGAACAGGAGCUGCGUAACGGUGGAACAGUGGAUAAGAAACUGAGCACCCUGGCAGACCUUUUCCGUCCCCCCAUUGAGCUCAUGCACAAAGGCAGCUUUGAGACGGCAAAAGACUGCGGACAACUAGAGAACAAGUGGCUGAUGAUCAACAUUCAAAAUGUUCAGGACUUUGCCUGCCAGUGCCUGAACAGGGAUGUUUGGAGUAACGAUGCAGUGAAGACCAUCAUCAGAGAGCACUUCAUAUUCUGGCAGGUGUAUCAUGACAGUGAAGAGGGACAAAGAUACAUCCAGUUCUAUAAGCUGAACAAGUUUCCCUAUAUUUCCAUCCUUGAUCCCCGCACAGGUCAAAAAAUGGUGGAGUGGAAUCAGCUGGACGUGACAUCGUUUCUGGAGCAGACGACUGGAUUCCUGGCAGAGCAUGGGCAGCUCGAUGGGCCAUCCUGUCACGCACCCCCUGCCAAACGAGCUCGCUCUGAGAGUCUUAUUGAUGCCAGUGAAGACAGUCAGCUGGAGGCAGCGAUCCGAGCCUCCCUACAGGAGACCCACUACGAGUCCUCAAAUGCUCCAGAAGCCCCCGAUUCUCCUCGAUCAGAUGACGAAUCAGACGCAGAGCCUUUCUCUGACAGCGAAGGUCCCAUCUCUGUCGAUGGCUCAGACAGCGAAACGCCAGCACCCCACGAAGAGAAAAGUUCUACCAGCAAACACACCCAGCUCCCUCCGGCCACUGCGGCCCAGCAACGUCUGCAUCCUGAUAGCUCUACUGCUUCUUAUAGAAAGUCUCCAUACAAAGAAAACAACCACAGUCACAAGAAAGAGGAGAGCAAAAAGAAUCAUUUGGAGCCCUCGGCUGCUCGUCAUCCUCAGCCUGACGCUGAUUCUGGAGGUAACCACUGUCCUCCAGCGGCCGAAAGUGCUGGACCCUCUAAGACUAGCUCCACCAAAACCUGUCACCUGGACUGUCCUGAUGACAACGGUCCUAAAGCCAGGUUGAUGCUCCGUUACCCAGAUGGACAGAGAGAGCAAAUUUCCUUGUCUUCUCAAGCAAAACUUUUGGCCCUGGUAAGACACGUCCAGUCGAAAGGUUACCCGAACGAACGCUUCGAACUUGUCACCAACUUUCCCAGAAGGAAGCUGGCCCACUUGGACUAUGACAUCACGCUGCAGGAGGCAGGCCUUUGUCCACAGGAGACUGUAUUUGUGCAGGAGAGGAACUAGCCUUGUCAGAAACACUCACUUUUUGCUUGUGUAUCUCUCUGGUAGACCUCACCCUUUCACCAAUGAUCUGGGACGGCCUCGAUCCCAUAACCUUCUGUCUUCUUGGAAUUAGGCCCUGUUUUUGCCAAGACAACUCUUAGUGGAUGGACAUCUUUCACCGCCACUCCAUUAGUCUGAAUACUGACGUCUCUACUGACAGCCUAAUCCCUUUGUAGUGCUCUACAAUUGGCCAGUAAGGUGUUACAGAUGUUGGCACUCUUUAAUUUUAUAAUGCAAUUUAUUCUUUUCUGAUGCAGGCUUCAUUUUUUUUUCUGAGGCUCAUCAGGAUAGAAUAUAUAU